UGAUACUUGAUCGAUUCUCUUCAGCUGAUUAUCUCAUCGUUAACCUCUCACUCACCAGUGUAUUUAAAUAUAACUUCGACCAUCCAUUCAUUUCUUCUCGAUACCUGUUCAUUCGUAGACAGAAUUCUAAUCGAUAAACUCUUUUACCUUGACAUCUUCGUCUUUAUAGCCUUUUUGAAGAAUAAAAACAUCAUGUCAUUCUCAUUCACUCGACCUCAAACAACCAAAGAAAUCAUAAAUACUUCAGAAUUCAUCACAUCUAUAACACCUGAUUCGAACACAAGAUUCUUAAACAAAAUCAAAUCAAAGUUAAUGAUUUCUAAGCUAUAUAAUUUUUUUUCUUCGCUUAAUAAUUUGAGAACAACGUUUCAGAUCUCAAGUUUAAUAGUCUUUGACUUAUUUCAAAUGAUAAGCUUUUUAGUGAUUUUGAUCUUAACUAAAGCUCAAAAUUGUGAUCAACCAUUGAAAAUAUACUUAACGAUGUACUUGAUGAAAAUUUCGUUAACUCUUCCAAUCAAAGUUUAUUUUAAUUUCAUUGAAUUCAAACAAUCAGGCAUCAAUCAAGAUUCUAAUGAUUCUAAUGAUGAUGAUGAUCAUGAGUUCGAAUAUCAUUUUUAUCUACAACUUCUCUAUGAUUUUUUGAAAACUAUCUCGUGGGUUUGGUUUUUGAUGGGGAAUUUAUUGAUAUUGAAUUCGACUACUUGUUCAAAGACUUCACCCUUACUUUAUUUUUCGUCUCUAACCUCACUUAUCAUUUUAGGUUAUUUCUAUUUGAUGGAAAUCUUUUUGAUCUUACUUACACUUAACUUUUUCGUUCCAGUCACCAACUUUAUCAUCAAAUCAUUCAACACCAUCAAGAGAAACAAAACAAUUGAUAGACCAGAUGAAGUUUUAAUCAAUCAAACCCCAAUAAUGAUUCACCUCACUCAACUUGAGGAGUUCAAAUGGAAUCAUCAAAUGUUUCAAAAAGAAAGGAAAGAAUUCGAUCUCGAAUUAGGAUUAAGUGAAGAAGACGAUCAACUUUGGAUUCCAUCAAUUCUCAUUCAAAAUCAACCUCACUUUGCAUUAAAUGAUCAAUUCAAUCAACUCAGUCUCCAAUUUCCAAAACUAAAGAGUUUUCUUAAAUUAUUCAAAUCCCUUAAGAUCAUCUGGAAUCAACAAUCGAACUUCUCUUCAUCAACUUCAUAUCAAUUUUUGAAUCAAGACGAAAAGGUUUCAUUUCAAGAAAUUCAUUCCAGUUAUCCAAUAGAAAAACCACCGAAUUCCGAUCCCAUGAUUUAA